CCCUCCUCCUCCCGGGCAAGUCGCCGACGCGCUGCCCCGCUUGCGCGUCGCCGCCCUCCGGGCUGCGCGUGGAGUCGCCGGAAUCGAGUACAGCAAGUGUGUGGGAAUGCGGUCGGCAGUCGUACUAUGGAGGAGGAGGAGGAGGAGGAGGAGGAGGAGGAGGAGGAGGAGGAUGGAGGAGGAGGAGGCGUGAAAAAACGGCCCCUCUCGGCGCUAGAGGCGUGAAACACACGGGCCCGGAGGCCCGACGCCCUAGCCAGCAGCCGAGGGCAAGAGCAGAGCAACAGGAACACGAAACAUGGCAGCGGGGGGAGGAGGAGGAGGAGGAGGAGGAGGAGGAGGAGGAGGAGGAGGAGGAGGAUUCUCCCGAGGAGGGAGGAGGAGGAGGAGGGGAGGACGAGGAGGGCUCUCCUCGCCCGCGGCGCACGGCGCGCUCUCCUCGCCGCUGCCCCCCUCGCUCGACGGCGCGCUCUCGCGCCGCGGGCGCGCCCGCGCCCAUCGAAGCAGCCCGCCCGCCGCCCCUGGCCGCGCGCGCGCGGGGCCGCGGUCGG